UGGAGGGAAUCAUCUCUUGCAUUUGGUAGAUGAGAAAACAGGCUGCAUGCUCUGACGCCCAGUCCCGGCUCUGUCAGCCCCACCAGGUCACUUUGAGGAACAGGAAGGAAAAUGUUGCCCGGCCCACAGUAGACAUUGCCAGAAGCCACACAGCCGUGGAUCUCCCUCCCACUCGGCCAUGAGGCCAGCUCCCUGUGACCUAGUAUUUAUUGAGAGCUUUGUUCUCAGGGCUGGGGAAGUGGUGGCGCCUGACCCAAGUGUGUGGCCACCUAUGAUUUCCUGAGUGGGGAAAUGGGGGGAGGGCCUGAGCAGUUCAUGGUCCCGAGGCUUUGCUUCAAAGGAGCGGGGAGGGCCCGGUAUCAUCACCAUGACUGAUGAGGAACGCCAUGGGCAAGAUGGGGUUAUCAAGACCCACUGUGAGGAAGUGACUUUCACCUCGGAGAAGCUCUGGCCAGGACACAGCUAAAGCGUCUGGAACUUGUGUUUUUGGACCUGCGUCCAGAACCCUGGGGAUUUCCACCAGGGCAGCGAGCACCCCCACCGAGAAUUCUAGGCUCUCUCAAGGUCCCAGGGAACACAGAGGAGCCCCCAGCUGUGACUCUCUGCCGUUGUCCCCAGGGAGGAGGAGGAGGAAGCCAGCAGCUGCCCAAGAAUGACUGGACACUCCUAAAGCCUUCUGUCACCAUCCAGGGGAUUUUUUGCACCACAAAGGGUAAUUCCUGCCCCAUCCCUGCUGUGACUCAGCUGUGACGUUGAACCACACAAGCCUACGAAGAGAUAAAGUCAUCAGACUCCUGCUCGCCAGACAGAACUCACCUCUCCCCUCCGCAGCUUCCACAGCUUCCACAGCUGGUCUCCUCCCCACAGUCGCGUAGACCGGGAGCCCCUGGCCAGCCUGGGACCCCAGGAUGGCCUCUGGCCCAGCCAGCAGCCCCCGCCCGGCCCCCGAUGAGAACGAGUUUCCCUUUGGGUGCCCCCCCACCGCCUGCCAGGACCCACCAGAGCCCAGGGCCCCCUGCUGCGCCACCUGUCUCUCUGGGAACGUGAGGACCAGCGAGGACCAGAUCUGUCCAAAAUGCAGAGGAGACGGCCCCCAGUCUGUAAACCCGGGAAGCCUUCAGUCUCAGGACAAGGACCACCCUGAGGCGGCUGAGGCUGAAGCUGGGUGCCCCUUUGCUAGUGUUGGCUGCUCCUACAAGGGGAGCCCAAAGCUCCUGCAGGAGCAUGAGGUCACCUCCCAGACUGCCCACCUGAACCUGCUGUUGGGGUUCCUGAAGCAGUGGAAGGCCCAGCAGGGCAUGGGCCUGGAGUCCGGGCCCAUGGCCCUGGAGCAGAAUCUGUCAGACCUCCAGCUGCAGGCAGCCGUGGAGGUGGCGGGGGACCUGGAAGUGGACUGCUACCGGGCGCCCCACACCGAAAGCCAGGACGAGCAGGCCCUGAAGCACUUCAUGAAGGAGAAGGUCCUGGCUGAGCUGGAGGAGAAGCUGCGUGUGUUCGAGAACAUCGUCGCCGUCCUCAACAAGGAGGUGGAGGCCUCCCACCUGGCUUUAGCCGCCUCCAUCCACCAGAGCCAGCUCGACCGCGAGCACAUCCUGAGCUUGGAACAGCGGGUGCUGGAGCUGCAGCAGACGCUGGCUCAGAAAGACCAGGCCCUGGGCAAGCUGGAGCAGGGCCUCCGCCUCAUGGAGGAGGCCUCCUUCGAUGGCACCUUCCUCUGGAAGAUCACCAAUGUCACCAGGCGCUGCCACGAGUCAGCCUGUGGCAGGACUGUCAGCCUCUUCUCCCCAGCUUUCUACACGGCCAAGUACGGCUACAAGCUGUGUCUGCGCCUCUACCUGAAUGGGGACGGGACGGGGAAGAGGACCCACCUGUCGCUCUUCAUCGUGAUCAUGAGAGGGGAGUACGAUGCUCUGCUGCCCUGGCCUUUCCGGAACAAGGUCACCUUCAUGCUGCUGGACCAGAACAACCGCGAGCACGCCAUCGAUGCCUUCCGGCCCGACCUGAGCUCCGCGUCCUUCCAGCGGCCCCAGAGUGAGACCAACGUGGCCAGCGGCUGCCCGCUCUUCUUCCCCCUCAACAGGCUGCAGUCACCCAAGCAUGCCUACGUGAAGGACGACACCAUGUUCCUCAAGUGCAUCGUGGAGACAAGUACUUAGGGCAGGGAGGGCCGUGCCUGCCACCCCCGACCCCCGAGGGAGCACCAGAGUACGCUGCGGGGUUGGUAAGCUGACUGAGGGCCUGUCCGUGGCCCCCAAGAUCCCAGGCACCAUGCUGGGCUGGGCCGGCAUCACAGGCAGAUGGACCGUGGCUCGCCGUCAGCUUUGGUGGUGGCGGGGCCCUGGGCUGGGCCACAAAGGUCCGGAAGGAGGCCGUAGAUUGUUGUCCUCUGCACCGACCACAGUGAUGCGUGAAGCCUGGAAACCACUCCAGCCCUGCACGUUGAAGCAGCCUGUGACCGAGACUGGGAGGGAAGAGGGACCGGGGCUGGGGCAGGGAUGGUGAGCACGGGGAGGAGGAGAGAAGCUCCCUGAGCGGAGCAGCGCUCUGGACGGCAAGGUCCCUGUGCUGGGGUGGGGAGGGUGGGGCAGCAUCAGGUUGGGACCUGGGUUCGAAGACCUGCAGGUUCCUUCCUGCCCAGAAAGUCUCCAGAUCUGGGCCUCCUGGUACAGGAGGGACCUAGGGCUGCAGGGGAGCUAGAAACAUUCAGGAGCCUCAGGCUUCCAGGUUCCUCCAUCCCCCUCCCUGCCCCCACGUGGCCAAGCUGGCCCGCCCCACACCUGCCACCCCGCAUCUGGCAGCUCCGCUCCCCAGCGUGCAGGGGCCUGUGUGGGCCCCUGGCCUGUGCCUCUGCUGGCAGGACCCCCCUUCGCCUCUUGUAGGUGAAACCAGGUCCCUCAGCUCCCAGGAGCAGCCAGAAGAGAGGGGGAGAAAGAGGGGGUCAGAAAGCCUCUGCUCGCCUUCCCUUGAAGGCCCCGCCUUCAGCGCUUUCCUGAAUCACAUGUCACCUAAUUAACCGGGGUAUUUCUUUCAGUCAGCUGUUUGGGGCCUCUGAGGCACUGAGCAGAGGUUGUCCUUUUAAAUAUGUAUUAAACCAAAGAAAGAGAUGGUUUUGA